GGUGAAUUAUUUAACCAAACAAGGAAAUUCCAAUACUUAAAUUGAUUCAAGGUUUGAGAAUUAAUAGCUAAUUAUCUUUGUUAAGCAAAAUAAUAUAAUUUUUAAAUAAAUAAAUAAAUAAUAUACUAAAGAGGAAAAUGGGUUGGUUCUGGGCCACAAAUGGAGAUAGCAACACAUCUGGAAAAUGUCCAGUUGAUCAUAAGAAGUUUGCCACUCCCACCAAUGCUGAUGCUGCUCCAGCUUCUGGAGGAUGUCCAGUAGAUCAUUCCAAGAUGUCUAUUGCUGCAUGCCCUGUAGUAUCUCGUAAAGGAGAAGAAGUACUUAAUCCCAUGAAUAACAUGCCAGAAUAUAUUUCUUCAGAAAGGGCACCAGGUCAAAAGAUCUCUCUUCCAACACAAAGAACAAUCUCCACUAUUCCAAAGGGAGAAAGUGACCUGGAAGGAUUGUGGGAAUACCCAUCUCCACAACAAAUGCUUAAUGCCAUGUUAAGAAAGGGUAAGGCUAAAGACAUCCCUGAAGAUGCAGUUGAAUCAAUGGUUGAUGUUCACAACUUUUUGAAUGAAGGUGCUUGGCAACAAAUUCUUAUGUGGGAAGAAAAAUAUACGGAACAAACCAGAACUGAACCAAGAUUACUUAAGUUUAUCGGUAAGCCACAUGAUUUGUCACCAAGAGCCCAAAUGUAUUUGGCUCUUGCCAAGGUAUUCCCAGAAACAUUCAACAGUCAACCUCCUUUCGAUAGACAUGAUUGGACAGUCCUUCGUUCCAAUGGUAAGGAUGGCUGGGACCAAGUGAGAUAUGUCAUUGACUAUUAUUCUGCUCCAGACGAUGAGGACACUGGAAUGCCAGCCUUCAUGUUAGAUACAAGACCAGCUUUGGACUCUGUUGGAAAUUGUGUCGAUAGAUUCACCCACUGGUCUGUCCCUUUAUGGAAAAAGGCUAUGGGAAAUACUGACGUAUAACCACAUUAUUCAUAAUUGUUUUAUUUAUUCCUUGUACAUAUCUUUAUAAAUGCAUCUUAAUGAUACAUGUAGAUUAUUAAUAAAUUUAUUCCUAUAUACAGAUG